CUGCCUCACAGUCUGUUUGGUUAAGCUGUCUUCCAAACCUAAUACGGCUUUCGCCAUCCAAAAGAACCUUUCAUGACUGAAACCUGUCAACCCAAAAGAAACCUGUCAACCCAAAAGAAACCUGUCAUAGAUUUUCUUCGGCCAAUUCCAGACGAACUUUUUAUGUUUUCCCCAUCCGAAACUUCACUAACUAUGAGUGAAGAUCAGGAGAUGUUAUCUAUUGAAAUUGAUGAGCUCCUUUUGCUACGGAUUAAAAGACGGUUUUCUGAAUUAAAUCAGGAGAUGUUAUCCGUAGAUCCACCUGAGGAACAAUCAUUUCAGGCAGUAGAGAAUGAAAAUGGGCACACGUUUAAUUUGACUGAAACUGGACAUUUUUCAUGGGAAGCUCUAUCAUCGCCUGCACGUGAGGGAAAGGCUAACGCUGGUUCACCUGACGAAUCUUUUACGCUUUUCCUAUCGAAAACUUCAGUAACUGUGAGUGAAGAUCAGGACGAGAUGGGACAUAUUCAAUCAUGUCAGCCGGUAGUGAACGAAAACGGGCACAAGUUUAAUAUGACUGAAGGUGAAUAUAAUUUAUGGAAAGAUGUGCUCAUCCAAAUUAUUUCCGAAGAGGCUGAGGUUGUCAGAAGGCAGAGAUCUGAAGCUCGUGAGGGAAAGGCUAAGGCUGCUUCACCUGCAUCUCAAGAGCUUAAGACCGAAGGGCGCUCCUCGACUGGUAAUUAUGCAAGAGAGUCAACUGAUUUGGAAUCUGGAUCGUCCUCCACUCAGGCUGGUGAUGUGCCUGCAGAGCGUACAAAUCUUGAGACCCAAGGGGGCUCCUCGACUGCACAAAACGAACCACUGCCUAAUCAUCAGGGUCUCCCUGGUGGUUGUGAUCAUACCUUUGGUGGUGGUGAUCACCAGGUCCAUAAGCCGCAAGUGAACAUGUUCUAUCAAUGGUGGAAUGAACUUAAAGAUGUGCUCAUCCCGAUGUGUCCCAGAAUGGCUAAGGUUCUCGGAAGGCUGAGAUCUAAACUACCUGAGGAAAAGGCUAAGGCUGGUUCACCUGACCUCCCUCCAGGCCAAGAUCUUCAGGAUACGGUAUCAAAGGUUAAUUUGUGGACAAGUUUGGCAUUCAUUUCGGCUCCAAUUUUUCUAGAUCGAGAAUAUUACAAAGACAGAAACUCAGAUUCUUAUAAGUUGUUUGAUGCCUUUAUGAUUUGCAUCAUUUUGUCUUUCACUGGGGCAUUUUGCGCUUUGCUGAUCAGAAACAAGCCCAAGCUUGCAGUUCUCCGAGGAUGUUAUUUCUUGCUCUCCAUUGUUUCAAUGGCAUCAGCUUUAUCAAUACUGGGAUAUGCCUUGUUCUGGAAAGUUUAGUUUGUGGUAAACUUAACACUACUGUUUUCUUAUGUGUAAUCAUUAGUUUAUUAAAACAACUUGUGAGGUGCUAUAUCACUACUAUUUUCCUUC